AGACGCCUCCACGCGCUCUUCGCUGUUUUCAGUCGGCCACUCCACAACUGUGGCAGACAAGGUCAGUCGAGUGUGUAGAUGCUGGAUGAUGAAAAGUGCAUCGCAAUGGGGGCGUGGCAUCGCGAAAGCGUGACUUCUUGAGCAUGAGCACAAUCAGCCGCGUCCGCCCCUGCCAUAAACCCGUUCGAACAUCAUCACCGAACCAAGAACACGGCGUAGAGCACCAGCUACAGCCUGCAACCCCUAGACCGCUGUUUCACCGUGUAUCUACCUGGGGCUUUACAGCCAUUCGUUCUCUUCUCCAUGCGCUCGUCCUAGAUUGCACGCGAGAGCCAGCUGCCGCACUCUCGUCCUACUAGGCUGCCGCGUCGAGCCUCUAGCAUCCCGCUGCAUGCGCCUAUCACACAUUCACACGAAUCGAUGCGUCUUUUGAACUACGACGAACAUGGCGAGCUCGGUAUCAUCAACUUCGAUGAUUCCGCAAUACCACCUUAUGCGAUACUCUCACACACAUGGGGAGCAGAUGCGGAUGAGGUGACUCUCGCAGACCUUGUGUCAGGCGAUGGCAAGGCCAAGCGUGGCUACGAGAAGAUCCGCUUCUGCGGACAACAAGCACAGCAACAUGGCCUGCAAUACUUCUGGAUCGACACAUGCUGCAUCGAUAAGACGGACAAGGCUGAGCUCUCCCACGCUAUCCGAUCCAUGUUCCGUUGGUACCAGAACGCGACAAGAUGCUAUGUGUAUCUGUCCGACGUAUCGACAAGGAAGAUGAAAGUUAGCACUAUGCUUACCGGGUUCACUUGGGAGCCUGCUUUCAGGGCAAGUCGAUGGUUCACGCGCGGCUGGACGCUUCAAGAGCUUCUAGCCCCAAGCACAGUUGAGUUCUUCUCUCAAGAGUGGGAGGGGCUUGGUGAUAAGACGUCGCUCAAGUCAUUAAUUCACAAGAUCACAGGGAUCUCACACGAAGGGCUCGACGGAGCCCCUCUUUCCCAGUUCAGCGUCAACGAACGGUUGCGGUGGAAAGAAGGCCGGAUGACUAAAUACGAAGAAGAUGGAGCGUACUCGCUGCUAGGCAUUUUCAACGUCGAGCUAGCGCCGGUGUAUGGCGAAGGUGCAGCUGGCGCCUUCAGACGCCUCAUGGACGAGAUCCACAAGCUAGAGAGAUGCGUCCAGGAUCUACGCAGCACAGAUCCGCAUGACGACAAGAAGCGCAUCGAGGAGACCAAAGGCGGAUUGCUAUCUGAUUCCUAUUGCUGGGUUCUCGACAACACCGCUUUCCAGCUGUGGCAGCGGGACCAGCACAGCCGACUGCUGUGGAUCAAAGGCGACGCUGGCAAGGGAAAGACGAUGCUGCUCUGCGGCAUUAUCAACGAACUCAAGAAAUCAACGAACGACCUCUCAUUCUUCUUCUGCCAAGGUACCGACUCUCGCAUUAACAGCGCUACUGCUGUGUUGCGCGGCUUGAUGUACUUGCUCGUCAGGCAGCAACCGUGGCUGACAUCACACCUGCGGAAGAGAUACGAUCAUGUGGGUGGCUCUCUCUUCCAAGACGCCAAUGCCUGGGUAGCCUUGUCUGAAGUCUUUACAAGCAUGGUGCAGGAUAAGGGCUUGAAGACAAGCUGUCUAGUUGUUGAUGCUCUUGAUGAAUGCGUAGUGGACCUGCCUAAACUCCUAGACCUGAUCGUCCGUACCACGGCGUCGUCAACUCGUGUAAAGUGGCUUGUGUCGAGUCGAAACGAGGAUCACAUCGAGCAUAAGCUCAAGUCGAUCAGCGACGAAGCACAGUUGAGCCUAGAGCUGAAGCAGAACGCGGAGCAGGUAGCUCGAGCUGUGGAUGCAUAUAUCGACCAUAGGCUGGCUUGCCUCGAGUCGCUCAGAGAGAAUGAUCUGCGAGAGCAGUUGCGAAAUGAGCUACGCCGCAAGGCGAACGGUACCUUCCUUUGGGUUGCUCUGGUGAUGCAAGAGCUUGAAAAGCCGGAAAGCUGGGACCUUUUAGCGAUAGUAGAAGAAGCCCCAGCAGGCUUACACCAACUGUACGAUCGCAUGAUGGACCAGAUCCAGCGGUUGUCGACGAGGAAUGCGGAUAUCUGUCGGUCUCUACUCUGCACUGCAGCGAUCGCGUACCGUCCGCUCUACCUUGCUGAGAUGGGCAGCUUGCGCGGAUUGUCAGGUCGAGCUACAGUGCUGCCGGAGACUGUGAGAAAGAUUGUAGCCAUGUGUGGGUCGUUCCUCACAAUUCGUGACGAGCAAGUCUACCUUGUUCACCAGUCAGCCAAGGACUAUCUAAGCAACAAGAUGCGAGCUGCAGCCCUUCCAUCUCAAAGUGAGAUGCACUAUGACCUGUUCAAUCAGUCGCUCGAGCUCAUGUUUCGCACGCUAAAACGCGAUAUGUACAAUCUGGUUGAGAUAGGCAUCUCAAUCGAGGAGGCUGAAGUACCCGAUUCUGAUACGCUAGCGACUACGCGCUACUCGUGCGUCUACUGGGUCGACCAUCUGUGCGACUCAAAGCCUAAGUCUUGGGCAGACAGUGUUGGUGACCGGAAAGUCAUAGAUGCCGUCGAUGAGUUUAUAAGGAAGAAGUAUCUCUACUGGCUAGAAGGGCUCAGUCUGUGCAGAAGCAUGGGAAAGGGGGUGGUUUCAAUGGCGAAACUAUGCUCUCUGGUCAAGGAGACUCGGGAUGCAGACGAGCUGACUAACCUCGUCCAAGACGCGUACCGAUUCAUCAUGUACCACAAAGCAGCAGUCGAGAGCUAUCCUCUGCAAGCAUAUGCAUCUGCGCUGUUGUUCAGUCCAACAGGGAGCUCAAUCAGAGGAUUGUUCCGGCACGAAGAGCCGAAGGGAAUUAUCAUCAAGCCAGCGAUGAGCAGCGGCUGGAGUGCGUGCCUGCAAACGCUCGAGGGCCAUAGCCAGCGUGUCACCUUUGUAGCCUUCUCGCAUGACUCAACCAAGCUGGCGUCGGCGUCGUGGGACAACACCGUCAAGCUGUGGGAUAAGCUGGCGUCGGCGUCGUGGGACAACACCGUCAAGCUGUGGGAUACGAGCAGUGGCGCGUGUCUGAAGACCUUCACGGGCCAUAGCAAUCGGGUCAUGUCUGUAGCCUUCUCGCACAACUCGACCAAACUGGCGUCGGUGUCACUCGACAACACUGUCAAGGUGUGGGAUGCGAGCAGCGGCGCGUGUCUGCAAACGUUUACAGGCCAUAGCAGUUAUGUCAUCUCUGUAGCCUUCUCGCACGACUCAUUAAGACUAGCGUCCGCAUUAGACGGGACCAUUGUCGAGCUUUGGGAUGCGAACAGCGCCGAAUGCCUGCAGACGUUCACGGGCCAUAGCAGCGACGUCACCUUUGUGGCCUUCUCGCAUGACUUGACCAAGCUGGCGUCGGCGUCGUGGGACAAGACCGUCAAGCUGUGGGAUGCGAGCAGCGGCGAGUGCCUGCAGACGUUCACGGGCCAUAGCAGUCGGAUCAGGUCUGUAGCCUUCUCGCACGACUCGACUAAGCUGGGGUCAGCGUCAGACGACAAGACCGUCAAGCUGUGGGAUGCAAGAAGCGGCGAGUGCCUGCAGACGUUCAGGGAUCAUAGCAGUUAUGUCAGCUCUGUGGCCUUCUCGCAUGACUCGACCAUGUUGGCGUCGGCGUCACACGACAAGACCGUCAAGCUGUGGGAUGCGAGCAGUAGGGCGUGCCUGCAAACGUUCCCGGGCCAUAGAAACAUAAUUAGGUCUAUAAUCUUCUCGCACGACUCGACCAAAUUAGCGUCGGCGUCAGAGGAGAAGACCGUCAAGCUGUGGGAUGCGAGCAGUGGGGCGUGCUUGCAGACGUUCACAGGCCAUAGCAGUUAUGUCAUCUCAGUAGCCUUUUCGCACGACUCAUUGAGACUAGCAUCAGCGUCAUGGGACGACACAGUCAAGCUCUGGGACCUGAGCAGCGGCGAGUGCUUGCAGACGUUCACGGGCCAUAGAGGUAUCAUCAGGUCUGUAGCCUUCUCGCACGACUCGACCAAGCUGGCGUCGGCGUCAUUAGACAAGACUGUCAAGCUGUGGGAUGCGAGCAGCGGCGCCUGUCUGCAGACGUUCACAGGGCAUAGAGACUAUAUCAAGUCUAUAGUCUUCUCGUACGACUCGACCAAGCUGGCGUUGACGUUAGACGACAAGUCCGUUCAGGUGUGGAAUGCGAGCAGUGGCGAGUGCCUGCAGACGUUCACAGGCCAUAGCGAUUGGGUCAGGUCUGUAGCCUUCUCGCACGAUUCGACCAAGCUGGCGUCGGCAUCAUUAGACAAGACCGUCAAGCUGUGGGAUGCGAGCAGUGGCGCAUGCCUGCAGACAUUUAACAUUGGCAGGGCUCUUGACACCCUAUCCUUCGACUCCAGCAGCUCUUGUCUCUGCACUGAUGUAGGGACUAUUGCCAUUCACAGCUCAGGAACUUCUAACGAGCGAGGUGUCACGGAACCUGAGCACCCUCUGUAUCUAGGCACAGGUCUUAGCCCAGAUAAAACAUGGAUCAAACAUGACGGCAUGAAUAUCCUGUGGAUACCAUCAGAAUAUCGACCGUCAUGCUCAGCAGUAUGCGGAGCUACGGUUAGUAUGGGCGUUGGGUCUGGCAGAUUAUGGCUUUGCACGGUUGGCCUUACAGACGUCCGUAUCUAUCCGUAGCAAAUAUGAAGGACUAGCUCUCUGCUUUUAUAUCUUAUUCAUUCUGUAUCUCUGUUGCACAGAAGCGAACGGGAAUGCACACAUAGACAUAGGCUACUUAUGGCUACAUUGGAGUUUGG